CUACCAUUGUUGAAGAAGAAAAGACUCUUUUCAUCCUUCUGCAAGUCAGACCGAUUCUUUUUUUUCUUGCCCUAAACAUGACCGAGACUUCUGAGGAAAAUACUUACAGUGAGAUGAAUCCCUUUGUUUCAGCAGACUGUAUGCAGGGGUUUUUCAGGGUUCAGCAGCCAAAUUCAAUUAACCCCUUUGAGGAGUUCAGAAGAAAUGACGUUCCUGAAGAGGAUCUACAGUUUGCCUCGCACAGUGAUAAUAAUUCUGAUUAUUCCUUUCUUCGACCUAACUAUUCAUCAAACCAAUUGAAGGUUAGUGUAGAUGGGAAAAGGGUUUGUGAAGAAACUCUGCUCAACUGCACUGGGUUUGAGCCUGAUCACCCAGAUUUUCAUGGGGUUGAUCAGGUUGGAUUUAAUUGCGCAGACCCAUCUGAGUUUGAGAUGCUGAGAUGUGAGGAUGCUCAAAUCACCAAUGCUUCAACUGUCAAGGAAAAUUCCAGAAGAACAGAGGGAAUCAAAAGCUUUAGUAAUUUCUGGUGGGGAGGAGCUUCGGCCAACUGUAUGAAAAUGAAGAAGGUGAAAAUAAGGAGAAAGCUGAGAGAACCGAGAUUUUGUUUCCAAACAAUGAGCGAGGUUGAUGUGCUGGAUGAUGGAUAUAAAUGGAGAAAAUACGGCCAAAAAGUUGUUAAGAACACUCACCAUCCCAGAAGCUAUUAUCGGUGCACACAGAAUAAUUGUCGCGUAAAGAAGAGAGUGGAGCGAUUAGCGGAUGAUCCUCGCAUGGUUAUCACCACCUACGAAGGCCGACAUACUCAUUCUCCUUGCACAGAUACACACUCUGAGCAGCCUGAUUUUCUCAGCUCUCUCUAAUAAUUAUACAUAUAUACACAUAAUGUAUUCACCCUCGGGAUACUAAAAACUUUUCAGUGAAUUUCUACUUAUCUUUAACAAUAACAGAAUUGUAAUUUGAAUUGAAUGAUACAUUUUUAUAAAUAGACAGACAAGCUUCACUGUCUUAAACCACAAAGCACUAAUUUCAGUACUACUACAAUAAAAAAACACUUCAAAACUUCAAUAAAUUGAAAAAUUGAAGUCAUCCAAUAUAAUAUUUAUUGGCUGUACGUAAGCCUUGCACAGUUAUAAGAUGACUUUUCCUGUCUUUACUGGAAAAAUGUGAACAGUA